UACUUCCAGAAUUGAAGUGCUGUAAGAAUAGAGUGCAAGUUUUAAAACUCAAUGUCAUAGGAGAAAUAUUUUUCACCUGGGGAAAAUGCUUUAAAAAAUGCUACAUUUGGGGCACAAGAUCCCAGUCCCAGUUGCAUGCAAGUAGGUUUAGUGCAUUAGAGUCAGUAUUAUCAUGAGACUCAAAUAUUUUCUAAUUUGAGGUCUUUGCAGUUCAGUAGGCCUCCACGAGUUUAGACUUAACUUUAUAUGGAUGAGAAACCAAAAUAGAGUUAUACAGAGAAGCAUGGUGUGUCCAUCAAUGUAAAAAACGUUCCAAUAUUUUUGCCGUACUAACACAGGGCAAGAUUCCCGAAUGGGCUUUGUAGGAAGGUUGUGGAGGGGUAGGCAAAGGGGUCAAGUAAAGAGUUACUGUCAGAGGCAGUACAGUACUACGAAAUACGAAACUCCACUUCCGGGUUGGAGUGGACAUCCGAAAGCCGUCACAUCCAAUCAUAUGGAGAUUUUGCAGCUGUUGUGUGAUUCUUGCUGACAUCGACUGUAAAUUUGGAGUUGGGAAAUAACGGAGCACAUUUUUCCAUAGCAACAGCCCACGAAAGCCCUUCUGCAUUGCACUGAACGAUGAAAGCGGCUCGUACCGUUUUCAAGGCACAUGAAGAGCUAGCUAGCCUAUUCGUGUAGCUAGCAACAUAUACAACUUGCUAGUUUGCUGUUUUCAAAUCAUUUCGACGACGCAGCCGCCAUUGUAUGUGUUAGAUUAGUUACCAAUUUCGGUGUCCUUAGGAUCAACAAAGUGUAUCUCACUGCUUCUAGUUCCUGGAGCUACCUUGCAUUGUUUUAUAGCUACAUGUUUGGCGGUCUGUUAUUAUCCUUUUGCACGCAGACGGCUACUCUAAAUAAGGCAAUACAUGUCCAAUCAACUAGCUAGCUAACUCAGCUAGCAUACGUACAGCUAGCUAAACCUGACAGGUAAACAAAAAAAGACUCGCUGACAAGAAGCAGUACACAGCCGUGUGGCGUGUGUAAAUUUGCAAUUGCUGAAGAACUCCCUUGAAGGUGAUUUAACCAUGUCUCACGGAAAACGAAAAGAAAUCUACAAAUACGAGGCACCAUGGACUGUAUACGCGAUGAAUUGGAGCGUUCGACCAGACAAGCGUUUCCGUCUGGCUCUUGGCAGCUUCGUGGAAGAAUACAACAACAAGGUUCAGCUGGUGGGUUUAGAGGAGGAAAGUUCAGAGUUUGUGUGUCGGAACACCUUCGACCACCCGUACCCCACAACGAAAAUCAUGUGGAUCCCUGACACCAAAGGGGUGUACCCCGACCUUCUGGCCACAAGUGGGGACUAUCUGCGGAUCUGGAGGGUGGGAGAGACUGACACGCGGUUGGAGUGCCUUCUAAACAACAACAAGAACUCUGACUUCUGCGCCCCCCUCACUUCAUUCGACUGGAACGAGGUGGACCCCAACCUGCUUGGCACCUCCAGCAUAGACACCACCUGCACCAUCUGGGGCCUGGAGACCGGCCAGGUGUUGGGUCGGGUCAACCUGGUCUCUGGCCAUGUCAAAACACAGCUCAUCGCUCACGACAAAGAGGUUUAUGACAUCGCGUUCAGCCGGGCGGGCGGGGGUCGGGACAUGUUUGCGUCGGUGGGGGCGGACGGCUCGGUGCGCAUGUUCGACCUGCGGCACCUGGAGCACAGCACCAUCAUCUACGAGGACCCCCAGCACCACCCGCUGCUGCGCCUCUGCUGGAACAAGCAGGACCCCAACUACCUGGCCACCAUGGCCAUGGACGGCAUGGAGGUGGUGAUUCUGGACGUGCGUGUGCCCUGCACCCCGGUGGCCAGACUGAAUAAUCACCGCGCGUGUGUGAACGGCAUCGCCUGGGCGCCGCACUCCUCCUGCCACAUCUGCACCGCAGCGGACGACCACCAGGCGUUGAUCUGGGACAUCCAGCAGAUGCCGCGGGCCAUCGAGGACCCCAUCCUGGCCUACACGGCCGAGGGCGAGAUUAACAACGUGCAGUGGGCCUCCACGCAACCCGACUGGAUCUCCAUCUGUUACAACAACUGCCUGGAGAUCCUGCGCGUCUGAGCC